AUGGUUGGAACCGCAAGGAAACCCUCGCAAUUCACCAAUGCUGCCCUUCAGCACCGUCUGGAGUUGGCUGGCAAGGCAGGCCCGCAAGCCUUGAUCAGGAACAUCCGGGUCUUUGGCAUCGCAUGUUUUGCUUGCAUCGGUGGCCUCCUUUAUGGCUACAAUCAGGGUGUUUUCAGUGGUGUUCUGACCAUGACCUCCUUCAACAACCACAUGGGAGAGUACACCGUCAAUACGACCAAGAAGGGUUGGCUCACUUCCAUUCUGGAGUUAGGCGCGUGGACCGGUACCUUGUACUCUGGUUUCCUCGCGGAACUCAUCUCGAGAAAAUAUGCGAUCAUAGUCAACACUUGCAUCUUCAUCAUCGGCGUCAUUGUUCAAUGCACAGCUUCAACGACUGGUCCUUCGGGUAUCCUCGGGGGUCGCUUCGUGGUUGGUAUGGGCGUUGGAUCAUUGUCGAUGAUCGUACCCAUGUACGUUGCAGAAUGCUCGCCACCCGAGACGCGAGGACUGCUCAUUGGCAUACAACAAUUCGCGAUCGAGUUCGGAAUUAUGGUCAGCUUUUGGAUUGACUAUGGUACCAACUAUAUCGGAGGCACCGGGGCAGGUCAGUCUGAAGCAGCAUGGCUCGUACCUCUGGCUCUUCAGCUGUUCCCUGCUUUGGUCUUGUUGGUAGGAAUGAUCUUUAUGCCGUUCACUCCGCGAUGGCUUGUCCACCAUGGUCGAGGACAAGAAGCACGCAAGACGUUGGCCACACUCAGAUCAAUGCCUGUUGAGCACGAACUGAUUGAGCUUGAGUUCCUCGAGAUCAAGGCCCAGUCAAUUUUCGAGAAGAGAACCGUUGAGGCACACUUUCCUCAUCUUGCCGAAUUGACGCCGUGGAAUAUUGUCAAGUUGCAGUUUGUGGCCAUUGGCUCUCUUUUCAAAACCAUGCCAAUGUUCCGCCGUGUUAUCGUGGCAACAGUGACCAUGUUCUUCCAACAGUGGACUGGAAUCAAUGCAGUCCUGUACUAUGCUCCGCAGAUCUUUGGCGCUCUUGGUUUGUCGUCCAAUACCACCUCGCUCCUAGCGACAGGCGUAGUUGGCAUUGCCAUGUUUCUCGCCACCAUUCCAGCAAUCUUAUACAUCGACAGAAUUGGCAGACGUCCGGCUUUGGCAUUGGGUGCCCUUGGAAUGGGUCUAUGCCACUUCAUCAUCGCCAUAAUUUUUGCUAGGAACGAGCACCAAUGGCCAACUCACAAAGGAGCGGGCUGGGCUGCAAUUGCCAUGGUGUGGCUGUUCGUAAUUCACUUUGGCUGGUCGUGGGGACCUUGCGCAUGGAUCGUCGUUGCGGAAGUUUGGCCCAUGUCGGCCCGUCCUUACGGUAUCGCUCUGGGAGCCUCCUCCAACUGGAUGAACAACUUCAUCGUGGGACAGGUUACUCCAGACAUGAUCACAGGGAUCAGAUACGGCACGUUUAUUCUUUUCGGCUUGUUGAUUACCAUCGGAGCUGGAUUCGUUUGGUUCUUUGUUCCCGAGACCAAACAGCUAACACUUGAGGAGAUGGAUCUCAUUUUUGGCUCGAGCGGUAUUGCUGCUGCAGACCAGGAACGUAUGACCCAAAUCAAUGCCGAGCUUGGUCUUGAUCGUCUGCAACGUGACAGCGAUGACCACUUGGCUGACGUGUCUGAAAAGGUACACGAGGCCAAGUAG